UACCUGAACGCACCAUCAACUACGGAAUCCUAUGUGGUCUUUGAAGGUAACACGUCACAUCGUGUUCAUCAAUAAUCAAUAAUCAUCCAUCAAUUACAGCCGAGGACACACAAAUACAAAUAAUUGGGGAGUUUUGCACGAAGGGACCGAGAAGGUGGAGCUGUGGCCGCUUGGAUCGUUCACGUAAGACGCAUCAGUGGCACAACAUGAAUGAAGGAAGACAAGAUGGCGGCACCGACUCGCGACAAAUGUGAAUAUACCAGCUGUUAUUGUGAAGAAAAUGUUUGGAAAGUUUGUGAGUUCAUCAGGAAGGAGAAAAGUUUUCCUCUGGAAGAAUUCUUUGUGAUUUUCAUUUCCAACGACAACAAAAUGGUUCCACUGUGGGAGCAGAAGUCUGCACAAGGACAGCAGCCUGUCAUCUGGGACUAUCAUGUGGUUCUGCUUCACGUCUGCGCUAGCUCUGAAGCCUUCUUGUAUGAUUUGGACUCCGUUCUGCCGUUUCCCUGCAACCUGAAGAUGUAUGCUAAGCACGCCUUACGCACUGACCACAGCCUCUCACCAGAGUACCACAGGAAGUUGCGUGUGGUCCCCGCUGACUGCUUCCUGUUGAACUUUGCGUCUGAUCGCUCGCACAUGAAGAAGGAGGACGGGUCCUGGACGAUGCCCCCCCCACCUUACCCACCAAUCCGCACUGCAGACUCCAGCAUGAACCUGCAGCUCUUCAUCAGCAUGGAACCUUCUGUGGGAUGGGGACACAUUUUCACUCUGGACCACUUCCUGUGCCACUUCCUCAAAGACCCCUGUGUGUAAGUGUACGUGUACGUGUACGUGUGCGUGUACGUGUGCGUGUGCGUGUGUGUGUGUAAGUGUACCUGUGCGAGUGCGUGUGUGUAAGUGUGUGUUUAAGUGUGUGUGCGUGCGUGCGUGUGUGUAUGUUAGGGUUGUCUUGAUACCAACAUUUUGUUACCAGUACCAAAAUGUAUUUGGAUACUUUUCUAAAUAAAGGGGUGCACAAAAAAUGUCAUUAUUGUCUUUAUUGUAGCAGAAAAUGUUAGUGUACAUGAAACAUAUGUUUAUUAUUGUCAUUUAGUCCUUAAAUAAAAUAGACAACUUGUCUUUUAGUAGUAAGUAAACAAACAAAGACUCCUAAUUAGUCGUAUGCAGUAACAUAUUGUGUCAUUUAUACAUCUAUUAUUUUGUACACAUUAUGAAGGAAAAACUGUAAAAAUGGAUUAUUAAUCUACUUGUUCUUUUACUGUUAAUAUCUGUUUGUUUUCUCUCUUAACAUGUUCUAUCUCCACUUCUGUUAAAAUGUAAUAAUCACUUAUUCUUCUCUUCUUUGAUACUUGACAUUAGUUUUGGAUGAUACCACACAUUUAGGUAUGGAUCAUGUCGAUAACAAGUAGUUACAGGAUCAUACAUUGGUCAAUGUAUGCGACUGGAGCCA